GGAGGAAAAUGGAACCGAUCUCCCCGUUUGCGCAGCGCCUGAAAUCCAUUGCGGCCCGGCGCAAGCUGAAUGAGCUCAUCCUGAGCACCCGCCUGGAUCUGGAGCAGGAGAAGCUGCGGGCUCAGCGCCUCAAGCGGAAGUCCUUGCGUGAGCAGUGGCUGAUGGAGGGAACCUCGCCAUCGCCAGAUGACCGAGACCCCCUGAGUCCUCUCCGCGAGGCGGAGACCCGCAUCGAGGAAUUACAGCAGAGUCUGGCCAGCCUCCAAAUUCAGAUGCAGCAGCUGGACAACUUAGAGAUCCGGAAGGUUCCGCCAAAGCCCCCGUCAGCGGAGCCUAUCGGAGAUGUGGAUGAGGUGAAUCAGCCCCCGGAUGGCCCAGAGACGGUCGAUGGGACUGCUUUGUCUUCUUCAGAAGGCAGAAGCGGGGCCAAAUCCGUCCUUGAGCCGGCUCCUGCCUCACCCAGGAGGCCCGUGAGUGAGGAGGCCAAGGAGAACCUGCAGAACGGAGAGAUGCAGGAUGGAGAUCUGUUUGGCAACGAAUGCAGUCCCGAAGAGGCCAAAAUCAAGGCAAUCCCCAUGGCUGUGGAAAAGGGGGACUCUCCGCCGCAUCAGGGGAGUUCGGAGGCUGCUUCUGCCGCCAACCCAGCCGAGCAGAGCCUGCAUCCUGGCAAAGCCCCUGCCGCCCGCCAGAGGAAGCUGGCCAUGGAGAAGAUAGUCAUCCGAGACCACCUAGGCCAAGAGGUGGGCUGCAUGGACUCCGUUGGGCAGGACCAGAGCUCCCUCGAGAAGGACGAGGAGCUGGAGGGUCACACUGACUCGGGGGACAGGCGGGACGGUUGGGGCCAGCUGGUGUCUGUUGAUGGUAUCCCAGAUCGAGAGGAAGCCCCUGGAGAAGGCCCGCCGGGCCAUGAGCUUGGCAGCCACAAUGGCCCAGAGGGAGAGUCCCUCACUUGCCAGGAUCACCAAGGCCCCUCCGGGCUCCGACAGAAUGAGAACAGUGAUCCCGAGGGGCAAGGAGAUGGACUGCUGGAGAUGGGCUCUCUGGCCAAGGAAGCUGAUGGGGAGGGAGUGGGGCAGAUGGCAGUGCCAGGGCAGGGUGCCCUGGAGACGGAGCCUGCCCCAGCCUUGGCCACUGAUGAUGCGCCUACACCAGAACCUAUGGAGCAGAGUGAGGGAAGUCAAAUGAAGAUGCCGGAGCAGCAGGAGUCAGAGGCAAGAAAGGAAGGGGGAAAGCUGGAGGAAUUUUCGCACUCGAGCCAAGUACAGACGCAAACCCCAUCUCUGGCAGAGCGGGUCAUUUUCCCUCUGCCAGAAGUCGAACCAUUUGUGCUAGAACCUAUUCCUUCCUCUGGGCAGGAAACGAAGAGGACGAUAACUCAACAGGGACAAAAACUUUUCAGGCACGAGGUAGAUGGAUCCCUGCCAGUCGCAACCCCUUCUUUAACCGACCAGCUGUCUUCUUUGCCUGAUCAAAUUGUUUCCCUUCCGGAAGCUAAAAUAUCGGCUUUGGAAGAGAACCCCGUACCCCUGGAGGACCAAACGCCAGUGCCUCCAGAGGCCCAGGUCUCCCCUUGGCCAGAGGCUGAUGUCUUUCUUCCAAGCCAGGUCCCACCCUCUGCGGAUGACCCAUGCGAGAGUCCCGUCAUUCUCCUAGACCAGAUCCCACCAGCUCUGCGGGACAUGGACUCAACAUCUCCAGUGGACAAGACCCCUGCUUCUUCCCGGCAAGAGGCCGAUGGAGCUGUUCCAGAUGAGAUUCAGACACCCCUGCCAAUCCAGACCUCGCCUGACCUCCUUGAAGACAAAGGAUCCUCUCCGGCUCAGGCUCCACCAACUUCGGAAGACCAAUCAACAGCCUCUCUGCUAGGACAGGCUCCAUCUUUUCAGGAUGCUGCAAAGUCUCCUCCAGAAGGACAGAACUCCUCAGAUCCCCCUGAAGAAAGGUCUACUUUGGCAGAACAAACCCUGUCCUCUGACAAAGCCCAAAGUCCCGUGUUACAGGAUGCGUCCCUCCCUCCCAGUGUUCUGCUCUUGACCACCCAAGAGACCCUCCAGCCACUCCUGGACAAGACUGAUGUGCUGGAUGCAAAAGGAAGUGGCGAAGCCAGCGCGGCCUCAGCGGGAGAGAUCACGGAAGCCCUGGAAAAUCUCCCUUCUGAGCAGCAGCCUCUGCUGAAGGAAGCCAAGGCGUCAGGAGCCCCUCUGGACAUUUCCGUUGGAGAGCCGCAAUCCAAGGCUGGGGUCCUACAGCCCCCGGGGGCUGCAAGCCAGCAAGCCCCAAACAACAGCCCCCGGACCUCUGCCAACACAGCCUACUCACAUCAGCACCAGGCUACUGUGCCCCGCCAAGAGGAAGACCAAGAGCCGGAGAAGGGCAAGCGCCGGUCCUGCCAGUGCUGCGUACUCAUGUGA